AUGUCAUCUCACUCAUCCUCGCAUUCAUCUUUACUCCAACUCAACAGACCCGAAUCACUCCUCCCCCAACUUCCCACUUCGAACCAGGUAGCACAGUACCAAGCGCAGGCGCAAUGGUUGGAACAGCAUGAGCAGACCCAGCAACAGCUCUGUAGAUCAAAAGGUAGCGCAAGUGAUCUCUCAUCGCAAGAUGCCAAUCAUCUUUCGACCUCUUCACACUCCCAGACAUCUUCAUCCUCUCAAUGUCGUUCGAAUAAUCUUCAACCUGUAGCUUCAUCGUCUAGCGGAUUGAAUUACCUCAACAUGGAACCUGUCGCUUCUCCCUCUAUCGAUUAUGCCGUCCCUACAGUAUCCUCGCCGCUCUCCGAUUCAGACUGCUCAGAUAACAGACAGAUCUGUGCUGAGCUGCUGGCUACCGCUCAGACGGGUGUUAUGGGUGAAGUGAUGGAUAGAUCAAAGUGGCAACCUGACGCCGAUUCCGCUCUGUGCACUUAUCCACUAUGCACCGCCAACUUUGCUCAACCCACCUACUUCUUCUUAGGUCCACGUAGACACCACUGUAGGAUGUGUGGCCAACUUUUCUGCUCGACCCAUUCUUCCCAGAGAGGUUCGCUCGUCUCAUUGGAUGCUACGGGGAACCGCCGUAUCGUAAAAGAACGAGUAUGCGAUCUGUGUUGUUCAAAACCCAACAACAACGAGGCUGCAAUCGAAUUUUCUUCAUCUCAACCGAGAUCGACUCAACAUUCAAGGAGGAAUAGUACCUGUACUGAAUCGGACGGUCACCAUUCCGACUUGGUAACUCCUUACGACGAAGAUGGACAUUCGAAUGGGUCCAACGCAUCCAACGGUUUAUUAUCAGCUUCGGGAUUAUUGAGAGCUCAAUCUAGGUUGACACUCAAUACGCAAGAUGUGGAACCUGAAUUAGCACCUAUUCAAGAUUGGAUGGACAAAUCUGGAGUUUUAUCCUUAUACCCUCUUGCCGUCAAUCCAUCCCAUUCGACCAAAUCGAAACAAUCUCCUUUACAUCCCUCGGCUGGACCGCUGUUCUCACCUUCCAUCUCAAUGAGGAGAGAAGCCAAAGAGAAACAAUUGGAAAGAUUGACGUUGAGACAGAGAAGAAUGGGAAAUGGCUCUGCGGUAAUCGGCCAUGAUGAUUUUUGGUUACCCGGUAAAUGGGGUUAUCGAAGGGAAGAUUUCGAUCCUACUUUUGGAAUGCACGUUCAAGAUGAUGAUGAUCAAGAUCAAUUUGAAAAGUACGUUGGAGGGGUGGUGGAAGAUGGUCCGAUUAGGUUUAGAACAGGUGUGAAAAGAGUUAUCACUCCUUUGACUACUCCUAAUGGUGGUCCGAUCAUGUCUAGAAAUUAG